GUAAUAUUAAAUAAUUUCUUAUUACUAAUCAAACCCUUUCUUUACCAUGAAUAUCAAUUAUGACAACUAUGAUAACAAAUGUGCCACCCUUGCUAGUGAUGAACCACACCCAUUCCAAGAACAAGAACCAUGCUUUGUGGCAUUCGGAGUUCAAGAAAGCUUCUCAAGAGAUGCUAAGCGCGACUUCCCCAGUGGUCUGGCUUUCCACGAUGAGAAGAGCUUCGACAGCUGCUCUCUGCUGGCUCACGACGACUUCCGCAGCUGCUUCGACCCAGAAAUCAACGAGAACCUCAGAGACCUCAGUGUGUUCAAAGCCUUAUCGACCAACGAAAAGUCUCAUUCGAGUCUCGCAGACAGCUGGCUGGCCCCAACCGGUAAUAAAGUAAGCGUUACUGGAAAGCCCGAACAGACUGAAGCUUCACCGCAAAAGGCCAGGAACGGGUCUGGGAUCAAAGCUGUGCACAAUUUAUUGAGCUACAUCGAGGAUGCUGUUGACAACGGAAUCAAGGGUUCAUCAUUAACUGCGGGCAGACCAAAACAGGAAUUCGACACAUCUUCGGAACGGUUACUGAAUUUCUACAACGAUUACGUAUCGCAACUUCAGUACCUUAUCGAAACAAACUUUAACAAAAAGAGAUCAGAUACUUUCAGGAACACAAUCUUUAGUUAUUUAAAGAAGCUUCCAAUAAAGCUACGUGAAAUUUGCUGUAGCGUUUCUGAACCAAAAUCUAAGAAAUUGGAGGUAUAUUUGGGUGCUUUUCUUACAUCAUUCAUUACCUGAUUUUUACCGUACGUUCCUACUGACACCACUGGAUUCUCAAAAGUUGAGCUCUUCUUGUACUUCAUAUGUAUCUGUUAUCCGGAAGAAAAGGUAAAAAGGAUAAUCAAUCUAUGAAUUCAACAGAACUCAUUGUCUCAGGACAAAGGAGAACAAAUUUUAAAAUCAUUAUCCUUGAGAAAGGGAAAGUCUAAGAAGGAGAUACUGAUGUUUAUUAACUCUAACCCUUGCUUUGGGAUGUACUCGCAACAUAUUUGCCGCCAACUCAAGUGCCAUAAUUUUGACGAGCAAGCUACCCUAAUGAUCAAAGACUUUCUAUAAAU